AUGAUAAUAAAUAUUUCCAAAUUAAAUUCAGAAAUAAUUUAUGAAAUUUAUAGCAAACAAUGUCAGAUAGAUAAUAACGAAGAUAUAGAAAAUGGACACACCAUUGACCAUAAAGAUUUUUGUAAAUUUUUUUCAAAUAAACUAAAAGAAAUAAUAAACAGUAAUAAUAAUAAUAAUAAUAAUAAUAAUAAUAAUAAUAAUAAUAAUAAUAAUAAUAAUAAUGAAAUAAUAAUAAACUUUUUAAAAAAUCUAAUAAAUAAUUUUUAUUUAAUAUUUAAUAAUAAACUUAUUAGUUGUGUAUCAUCAACAAUAACAGCAACACCAACAACAACAACAGAUAGUUUAAAAACUAUUCAAAAUAAUUUUAAAAAUCUAAACAUCAAAACCUAUAAUAUAAAUAACGAAAAUCAUCCACUGAUUAGAGAAUUAAAAGAUAAAAUAAAAGAAACUUUUAAAUUACUUUUAAUAUAUUUAAAUGAUAUAAAAUUAGUUAAUGAAAUAAAAGAAAUUAUAGAAUCGAUAAAAGAUAUUAGCAGUAGUAGCAGUGACGACAAUGAAGGUUCUCUAGCUUUUAAAAAUAAAAUUUUGGUAUGGUUCAAAGCAUCGUUUGAUAAUUCAAUUGUAGCAAGCAUGGAAAUGAUAAAAAGAGAGGAUUUGUUAAACCAAUACAGUUCAGAUAAUAAUAGUUUAGAAUAUGUUAAAUCCACAGAAAACCAAAGAGUCAUCAAAGUGUAUAAUGAGAGCGGUGGUGGUUUAGAAGAGUCUGAAAAUACGCAAUAUAGGUUCGAUGUUAUUGAUGAAUAUGAAGCAUUUUCGCAUCCAUUUAUAUACAGUGUCAAGAGUAGAUGGUAUAACAACUCAUCAUUCAAGAGAGGCAGCUAUUCAGUGGUUCCAAAUUUAGAAAUAUUUAAGAAAUCAUUUUCAUUAUUUACAAACGAUAUAUUAGAUGGCAUAGAGUGGAAAAGCGACAGUAGCGACGGCAAUCACUCAACAAAAGUAUUGGUUUAUGGUGGCUCUGUAUUAUGUUGUUUAGAGUCAUACCCAAAAGAUAUCGUUAGAAUGUAUUGUGAAAUGCAGCAAAUAGAACGUUUAGUUUCAAAACUACCAUUACCAAGAUAUCUCAGUAAACAGAUCUCAAGAAUGGCACUUUGCGACCACCCAUUCAUUCAAGAGACAUUAGAUAAGCAGUCCAGCCCAGACUCACCCUAUUAUAGAUCCGAUAUAGAUAUUGCAUCUAUUGAGGAACAAAUAUUAUUUCAUGAUAUGGAUUGUAUAUCGACAUGCUUUGACGGAUCAAAUGUAUAUAUCCACGAAAGAACUCUGCGUGCAUUAAAUAGACGUACCAAUUUAAUUUCAAUUAAAUCACUUACCAGCUCCCACUCUAGAAUUCUAAAAUACGCUCUAAGAGGAUUUAACUGUAUAUGUUUCCAACAUUGUGACCACAUACCAAGAUGCGACAGAAAAGAAACACCAUUUAGCUUUUCAAAAUCAUUAAACAAAUUAACUUUAGAAAAACAAAACCGAAUUCUUUCAAAUCCCUCCAAUCCAAUCGGCAAAAAAGAUUUAUUAGAAUACCAGGCCAUUGACUUUCCUCUAGUUCCUUCAAAUCAAAAUAAAUUUAAUCAAGUAUUACAAUUUUUAGAUGAAAAUUUACCAAGUCUAUACAGCGAAUCAAUCGACCCAUUAUUCGAAGUUCAACCAAAUCAAAAAACUAAAUUUGGUAUAUUAAAAAACUUUCAAUAUAAAAAUAAUAUUAUUGAUCAAUAA